GGGAGAGUCACAAAGUUUCAGUGGAUGUUUGAACCUCAUUUGUUAAACUUUAGGUCACAGCGGUGUUUUGUGUAUUUUGGCACCCGUUUUGAACGAACCGGUUUACAAAGUUGAAUUGAAAUCAUACAAAUUCCGAGAAGCUCCUGGCGAACCUUCUCAGGUGUUUCGUUCUUACAUCAGAGGUAACGCGUUAACGUUUGUUGAUUUCAUACAUUCGGCGUAGAUGUUACAUGGUAACCCAGCGCGGCAAACUAGUGUUUAAAUUUUAACCGUUAGUUCCGCUUUCGGUUUUUUUUCCCUCGUAUACUUUUUAUACCUGUUGGGAAGGAAAUACGUAUCAACGGGCCACGCUGUAUCAGGUUCAGAAUGGAACAUGAAGCAGAGAAAUACCAGCAGCGACUGCAGGCUAUAGCGGAGAAACGGCGGAUACAGGAGGAACAAGAGCGAGUCAGGAGAGAGAAAGAGGAUGAAAGACUGAGACUUCAGCAGCUUAAGAGGAAGUCCCUUAGAGACCAAUGGCUGAUGGAAGGACCCCCUAUGUCUCCUGACAGUAUGGGGCCCCGAUCGCCUCUCUGGGGCCCCAAGGCUCAAGAGAUGGAGAAACACAUUGACAAAUUACAGGCAACAUCCGAGUGGUUGGCAGAGGAGGAGGGCAAACUGAACAAACAUAUAGAAGAUGGUCCUGCUCAAACUGGCGCAACUGCUGAAACGAACAAUAAGGGAGAGACCGCAGUGGUGCCAGUUGAAACAGUAGUUGCUGAGACUACUCCUAAUGGACCUAUCGUGGAGAACGGAAAAGACGAAAAUAAAGAUGACUCCGUGCAUACGGAAAACCACAAUUUAGACGAAGCAGGACCUGUUGUUGAUGUAAAGGUGGAAGUUGCCGCCGCAACACCUGCUGGUGUUAAUGGAAGUAUGGAAGGAGAAAAUUCCCACAAUACCCCACAACAGGAUGAAGAACCACAUCCGAACGGCUUGGCCGUCCACUCUUCUGAAGGUAUUGGUGCGGGUGGCAUUACUAUGACCUUCCUUGGCUUCAAAGAGGCGGAGCCUGGCCAGGGAGUAAAUGAGGAUGAUGAUGUUGGAGCAAUUAUCCGAGCAGAAAGAGUGAUCAUCACAGAUGAAGGGGAGGAAAUCACUGAAGACAACGCAAGCACGACAGAAGAAUCUGCUCUGCCCGUUACGAAUGAAGACACACUGAGAAGCACAGAGGAAACCGGUGAUGUGGAAGAGACUGAGAACCACCCCGAAAGUUCUGCUGAUAUGGAGCUGGAUGCAUCAAGUGAAGUUCUUCAAAGUUUAGACAGUUCUGCUACGAAGGUGGUUACAGAUGUGGCAGUUGAAGGAGAAGAGCGAAUGGGCCCAGAGCUACACGAGACGCAGCUCCUGAAUGAGAAUGAGGGUGAUAUUGAGGUUGCCCAAGUUCCCAUGUAUACCACAACACAACCAUCACCAACAACCAGACCCAAAGCAGAGGGCAAGGCAGUAGAACCGCCAACCCCAAAAGAAGAGGAGGCUGUGGCGGCCAUUCGCACCUCCCUGGGCCAAUUUCAAGAGGUUCCCCUUGAUGUUGUUGGAGAAACAGCAGAGUCCAGCACCAAGGCAGGAACUGAGAGACCACCUGCAGAACAAGAGCCUCUGCUGGUCUCCAAAGCAUCUGCCCAGCUUGAUACCAGCAUCCCCAGUCGGGCAGAUGAUGCAGGUGUACCAAAACAAAAAACCUGCCAAUGCUGUUCAGUCAUGUGAACUUGUCCAUUGCUGUCGACUGUGUUCCCCUUUUUCAUCAUCUCUUUUGUCGUCUUGCCUUUUUCUCUGAAAAUAGGGUGGGUAUGUCAAGACGUUCAUAAUUUGAUCUUCAGCUGUACACGUCAAAACUCACGACAGAACGAAUCCUUUCUUUUGCAGAGGCUUCAAAGCCCCUUGGGUGUCUUAUACAUUGUUACUAAAGAGCAGCAUACCUUCAAAACAGAGCCUUAAAUCUAAAGACUUCAUUCCUUGUUAUGCUCUCUUUGAUUACCAUAUGGAUUACCAUAAUUCUUGUCUGUACAAAAAUAAACUUUAUUGCCUUGGAGGACAGGACUUGUUAGAGCUUCCAUGUGCAAGCUAUUGUUGAUGCCUUGCCUUUAGUGUCUGAUUAUGAUACAGGUUUUUUAACUCUGGUGACUGUAGAGCAGUGGUUCCCAGAUUUUACAUUGGAGAUCAAAGUUGUAUUUUCUUUUAACUUGCAUAGGUUUGUUCAUGGAUUUGAGGAUGAGAGUAUAUCAUGCAACCUGUCCAUGUUGGCAUCUGCCUUAUAGAGCACAACAGUGUCUGCCCGCUUUUUCAGCCGCCUUGUUUCCGAACGUGUUUUACCAUUCAUUUUUUCUCUAGGGGUUUCAAAAAAUCCUUCUUAAAAGUGUUCUUAGCCACGAAACAUUAUGUCAUGGCAGUGUGGAUUUUUUUUAUUUUAUUUUUUUGCCACGGUUUGUUUGCUGCGACUCUCUGAUUGGUGGAGCUUUCUUUUCAGGAUCAUAGGUAGUGUAUUUCUUCACCAGGAAGAACGCGGACUAAUGGCUUCUACAGAAGCAUACUGUAUAUCAUCGAUUAACAACCUCAGAGCUUGUUAAAAAAUCAAUUUGUCUAUGGAGAAAGUGAAUGGGAUUUUUACUUCCGGAACCAGACUAUCAUGCUCUGUUUGGCUAGAUAGCUUUUACCAAGUGACUCAGUACACUUAGUGAUACUGUUGCGGGAGAUUUGAUGCACAGCCUUUGACGUCAACAACUAAAGAAAUGGGAAGUGUUUUUAACUCCUUUUUUAAAAGUUGAUAAGACUAUUUGUUUUGCUAUCCUAAACAUAUGGUUAUAAGAUUAGCUGCAUUUUAUUAUUUGCAUGUAGCCUUGUUUUUCUCUUCUGUCUGAGAUCCUUGCACAACAGACAUGCUACCGAUUUCUGGGUCAUGAGCCACCAGUUGGGAACUAAUUCUUUAGAGCACUGGCUGCUGACCCACUAGGCCUUUACGGUUUUACCAUAUGAAAAAAAAAUGUGUAUUAUUGCCAUGGGAAUCAACCCAUGAGGUUAACUAAUGAUUAUCUACUUAAAGUAAUUCUGGUGUAUUAGUCAGUCAUAAACCAUCUGUGUGCCUUAAUAAUGAAUCAAAAACCUGAUUUUAUGUUUUGCAGAGAAAUGGUUACCUUUGAUUUUAUAUGUGCUGUUACUACAGUAAUCUUCAGAUGGGUUAUUUUUUUAUUGCCGAUGUGAUAUGAGUUGUUUCAACGUGACUGUUUUAAUUGAUACAGUGCCUUCAACUGCCUGAUGGAAAUGUUUUUAGAGCAUAAAGACAUUGUGUUGACAAGUGUUGUGUAUCCAUGAAAUAACAGUACUUCAGUGUAUUUCUGUUCUGCAGUAUAUUUUGUUGUUUCUGUUUUUUAAAUGAAUAGUUGACCCAAAACUCCAAUUCUUUCAUUAUUUACUCCCACUCAUGUCGUUCAAAAUCUAUAUGACUUUCUUUCUUAUGUGUCACACAAAAGGAGAUGAGAUUUGAUAGCUAUUGUGGAAAACAGGAUUUACAGUAAAUAAUGACUUGAAUUUCUGUUCAGAGUUAUCGUUUGACUUCAGAACACUUGAAAUACAGUGCAUGAGUUGUAUGGUUACUAUUAUGUUAUUUUGGAGCUAGACAGCAUGGAGCAAAGAGCAACAUGAACAUUCUGUCUAACAUCUCCUUUUGUGUCCUACUAGAAAGGCAGCUAUAUGGAUGUGGAACAACCUGAAGGUGAGUAAACAAAAAAAUGUUUUGGGGUGAACAAUUCCUUUAAGAAUGCAUCUAUGAGUUUAGAUCAUAUCUGAUUCCAGAAGCGACAUUGGAAUCUUUUCAAGCAUAUACAGCUUUAACAUAAUCUUUUUAAUGUUAAUUAUCCAACUUGAAUUUCUGUGAGGACUUGUGUUGUCUUUUCUUGACGCUUGUAUAAUUGUAAACAACUGCAGUUUCAUAUAAUGAUGUGUAAUCAUUUUUAUUCAAAGUUUCAAAGGAACAUCGUGUUUUUCAGCAUAGAAGUUUUAAGUUUGAUGCAAAUUCUCAGUGCCUUAACUGAGUGCCGUGUAUAUACAGUUUCUAUAAUGAAUGGAAUGGGGAGUGGUUGAGGAUUUUGUAUAUAAAGUUUACAGUGGAAGAGCUGUGAGGUAAAUGAAUAAACUAAGUUGAUGAAAUGUUAUUGUAAA